GACCAAUCAGCGCUUAGCUGGUGACCUCGGGUGAACUUAGGUGGUCCGAGCUAGCUGAGAAGUCUAGUUGCAGACUUACGAAAGCUCAGAAAACGUCUUCUUCAGCAAAUCCUAAGACAUCUCAGCGCCAUGGCAGGAAGAGACAAGGCUGGCAACCAACUGGAAGAGUAUAAGAAGCUACAGAAUGGGAAUGCUUCGACCGUUACCACGGGAACAGGCGCUCCCGUGGACAACAAGCUUGCGGUGCUGACAGUUGGUCCGCGGGGACCGAUGCUGAUGCAAGACUUCACCUACAUGGAUGAGAUGGCUCACUUCAACAGGGAGAGGAUUCCUGAGAGGGUGGUGCAUGCUAAGGGACAUGGUGCCUUUGGGUACUUUGAGUGUACCCAUGACAUCAGCCAGUACUGUAAGGCCAAACCAUUUGAACAUGUGGGCAAGAGGACUCCACUGGGCAUCAGGUUCUCUACUGUUGGCGGUGAGUCUGGGUCCGCUGACACGGCUCGCGACCCUCGCGGUUUUGCCGUGAAGAUGUACACCGAGGACGGGAACUGGGACCUGGUGGGAAACAACACUCCUAUCUUCUUCAUCCGUGAUCCCAUUCUGUUCCCCAGUUUUAUCCACACUCAGAAGAGGAACCCUGCAACUCACCUCAAGGACCCUGACAUGUUCUGGGACUUCAUUUCGCUGCGCCCUGAGACUUGUCACCAGGUGUCGUUCCUGUUCUCGGACCGCGGCACGCCCAACGGGUACCGCCACAUGAACGGCUACGGCAGCCACACCUUCAAGAUGGUCAACAACAACAACGAGGCCGUGUACUGCAAGUUCCACUGGAAGACUGACCAGGGCAUCAAGAACCUGACCAGACAGCAGGCCGACGACCUGGCGGGCAGUGACCCUGACUAUGCAGGUCGUGACCUCUUCAAUGCCAUCGCUGAAGGCAACUAUCCCUCUUGGACCCUGAAGAUUCAGGUCAUGACCUUUGAGGAGGCGGAGAAGUUCAGGUUCAAUCCGUUUGACCUGACCAAGGUCUGGCCCCAGGGAGAGUUCCCCCUCAUCCCUGUAGGGAAGAUGGUCCUGAACAGGAACCCUAAGAACUACUUUGCAGAGGUGGAGCAGAUCGCCUUCAGCCCCAUCCACAUGGUCCCCGGCAUCGAGGCAAGCCCCGACAAGAUGCUGCAGGGUCGCCUUUUCUCGUACUCGGACACCCACCGCCACCGUCUGGGCAGCAACUACCUGCAGAUCCCCGUCAACUGUCCGUACCGCGCCCGCGUCACCAACUACCAGCGCGACGGGCCACAGUGUGUGGACGACAACCAAGCGGGAGCCCCCAACUACUACCCGAACAGUUUCUCUGGCCCGGAGCAGAAUGAGACCAUCACACCCCCGGCUAUCAAGACCACAGGAGACCUGCAGAGGUACAACACUGCCGAUGAGGACAACUUCACACAGGUGGGAACAUUCUGGAGGAAUGUCCUGAGUGAGUACGACCGUGAACACCUGGUGGACAACCUGGCCUCUCACAUGACAGCCGCUCAGGAGUUCCUGCAGAAGAGGGCUGUAAAGAACUUCUCCCAGUGCGACCCUGAGUAUGGCCGUCGUCUUCAGGAGAAGUUGGACAAAUACAAUGCUGCCAAGGCCUCUUCCCGUGUGCCUGCUCAGCUGUAAACCUGGUCCAGGCAAAACCACAACACUGGAUACAGCCAGCACCAACCAGUAUGGACCAGUGAAGACACUUCUAUAGAGAUCCAACAAGCUUCCACAUCUGCAAACUGCAUAUGCAACUCUUUGCAAAAUACUAGUUGUGUGAAUCUCAAUCUACAAUAAAGAUAUCAAAGUCAAUGUCAUCAUCACCAUGCAUAUGGUGGACGAACCUCAUCAUAUUUACACAAUGCAAGAAUUACUCAAGCAAUUGGAUUGGAUCCGUUAACAGUCAAACGUUUUAAGUAGCGUCUACUGUCUUUCGUCAGUGAUGAUUGUGGCGAAAGAUAACGUUGCUGUCUAAAACAUCUCACAACCUUAAUGUCUAAUCUUCUUUGACAUAUCAUGGAAUGUAAUUUUAUUGAGUGUUUAUUACCUUGGUAUAAGGCCAACAACUGACUCGCAAAUAAUUUGCUCACAUGGGAGUGGAUUGAAUUAUUUAGAAUUGUUCUGAGAGGCCAAAUUCUGCCUUAACUUUGCUGUAAUUGUCAACACUUUAUUUUAGAUUCUCACAAAGAAAUUACUGAAAUUUUGUUUAUCAGGGCUUUACAGAUACUAUGAUGUUGAUAACUCCUUUUGAUGUAAGAUAAUCAUUAUUUGUAUUACCUCUUGAGAUUACUAUUCAAAGAUAAUGUGUUUUUUAUUUUCAAAUGUUGAAAAUUAUGUUACAUUUAGUAUGCAAUGAGACAAUUCUUUGAGCAUGAUUGUACAUUGGUGAAGCAGAAAUUAAAAGGUAAUUGUUGCUUGUUAUUUGCAACAAUGGCAAUAUAUUGGUGAAAACAGACAGUUUGGAAAAUAUGACUUUGAUUUUAUGGGGAAGAGAUGUCAAUGUGUAAGAUGUACUACUAGAAUCUUGGUAUACUGUAUUAAUUUUUUAUCGAGCAAAGUAAAUAGAAUUAUUCAAAGCUAACAUUUCUUUACUUUUUUCUGUUUUUUUCUCUCUCAAAUUUCUGGGAAAUAAAAUCCUGCUCAGCCAAAGAUGACA